AUGGAGUUGGAUUCCGUCUACAUUUGUCUGAGAAAAAAGCGUGGUGACUUGGAAGAGGAUCGUGCGUUACAUAAUCCCAAGAGUUCGGUUGCCGCUAGCAAUAUGCCGUCCAACGCUGGCUUCCUUUCUGAUGUCAAUUUCGAUAGACGUAUGCUCAUCGAAGGUGGUGUUGCCGCAUUAAUAAAUGGCAAUACAUUAAUGGAUAGCACUUCGCGAACAGAUUCCGAUGGGGAUUCCAUGAGCUCGUCUGAUGAUGAUUCCAGCAGCGGACACUGCCAUUGCGAAACUGAUGAUGAUCAGAGAGAGGUAAAAGAACAGCUUGGUGUCGAGCAAGUGUUGUCUGUUAUCACUGGAACGUUACCGUCGGGUGAAAAUUGCCCUGAUUAA